AUGAUUGUUCCACCACUCGUACUGGCCUUGAGCAUCCUCGUGGCCGCGCCUUGUGCGGUUGCUGGGCUGGACGUCCCGAUUGUCGGACCAAGGUCCGGUCUUGACGCGCAGACAGGCGAGGUGCCGAUCAGGAGAGACAUCAACAGUCUUUAUGAAGAGGCAGGGCCUCAAUGGGAUCUCUAUGUUGAAGCACUCACGGCGAUGCAAGAUGCGAACGAAACAGACCCAAGAUCGUACUUUCAGAUUGCAGCAAUACACGGGCAACCAUAUAUGCCUUGGUCGGGCGGAGGCCCGCAGUCAGGGGCAGACGCGGGAUAUUGUCCGCAUAACCAAAUGUUGUUUGGCACCUGGCACCGCGCCUACCUCUCGCUUUAUGAGCAAAUUCUAGUAGGCCAUGCCAAACGCAUCGCCGCUGCGCAUCCAGCGGCUUCAAGGAAGAAGUAUGUGGAGGCCUCCGAAACUCUUCGUCUGGCAUACUGGGAUUGGGCCGACGAUUCCGACGUUCCUCCCGCUACCGCAAUGCCAACCGUCGUCAUCAACAAAGCCGUCAACGGCACUCUUCGCCAAACGACGGUUCGGAACCCCCUUUUCAGCUACAAGUACCCCAAAUCGGUUCUCAGAGGCGACUUCGGCAGAUUCGACGGCAAGAACAACACGAAAAGGUGCGUCGAAGGGGGGCAGAGCUAUCCCCAGACGGCCAAUGGCAUCAUGGCAGGUUACAAUCUGAAGGAGAAGGUGUACAACGUCUUUUUGAAAGCGACCAGCUUCGACGAGAUGGUCUCGUCGCAGUCGCAGGGCGCCAACUUUGAAGGACCUCACGGGGAAGUCCACGUCGGGGCGGCGUGCGGCCAGGACCUCGUCUACCUCUCGACGUCAGCCUUCGAACCCCUAUUCUGGCUUCAUCACACCAACGUAGACCGCCUCAUAGCCUACUGGCAAGCCCUCCAUUUCGAGAAUGCCACGAUGCACUUCUCGUACCCCUCUAGCCAGCUGUUUGCCACGCCGUGGGGGACGAUCACCACGCCUCAGUCGCCGAUGCAGCCCUUCAUUGGCAGGGACGGUCCCCUCACCAGCGAGUCCGUGACGCACAUCCGGGACUGGGGGUACACGUACGCGCCCAUCCGGCCGUGGGAUGAGGCGCCCGGGGAGACCAAGAUGGCGGUCAGCAGGACCGUGAACAGCCUUUACGGCCCGCAGCAGCCCGAGGGGUCGUUCCGGAUGUCCAGGAGGCGCAGAGCGGCCCCGAGGACGGAGUACUUCGCCAAGGUUCAGGUUGAGAGGGGCGAGUUGGACUUGCCGUGUCAGGUGCAGCUCUUCUUGGAAAGCGGCUUGGCUGGUACCUUUACAUUGUUGGACAUGCCCACGAACGGGACGAGUUUUGAAGAGAUUCCGUUGAGAAGGAGUGUUGGAACGACGGAUACCGGAAGGUCUUCGGCAAAAGCGGUUCUGGAUUCUGUGGGCGACGAAUUGGAGGUUAUCAUCAAAAAGCUGGAUGGCGCGGAGGUUCCAUUGAGCCAGGUUCCCAGUCUGAAGAUUGAACUCGAGGAUGUUGAAGUGAUUCCGCCGCCUACCCUGAACGAACUGCCCACGCUUGGGAAAUCGAGCAGCAGGUCUGCGACGGUUCGUGCCAUGGCCGCCAGCCAUUGA